GGCUUCGCCUCUUCCGGUUUCCAGCCUGGAGCCAGUGGCAAGAGGUACUGGGUGUUCAUACCUGAGCCAUGUCUGUGUUACGCGGAGCUGUUCAUGCAAAAUGGAUCAUAGGGAAAGUCAUUGGGACCAAAAUGCGCAAAACAGCCAAAGUGAGAGUAACACGGCUAGUGCUGGACCCUUAUUUACUAAAGUUCUAUAACAAACGGAAGACAUACUUUGCUCAUGAUCCUCAGCAGCAGUGCAUCGAGGGAGACAUUGUUCUUCUGAAAGCGUUGCCUGAACGGAGGAGCAAGCACGUGAAACACGAACUUGCUGAGAUUGUGUACAAGGUUGGGAAAGUCAUCGAUCCAGUGACGGGGAAACUUUGUGCAGGCCAGAGGCUCCUGGAAAGUGUAACGGACUCAGAAAAUCUGACCGAUAGAGAUACCAGCUACCUUAGUGAAAAACUUCAAGAGCUGUCCGUGUCGGCUCCUGACAAAUAAAAGUGUUGGAGUGGUGGGACUUUUACAUGUGUCUCUUUGAAGAGGUUGUAUGUGACACAGUGUGUACAUGGUCUUUUCUAAUAUAGUCAUGAUUAUAAUAAACUGGGUUUAACUUGUGCACAGA